GUUUUGACGCGCGCUGUGAACAUAUCUGUAUGACGACGGACGACGUUCGUACUCAAGGCGAGAGAGGAGAUUAGAUAGUUUGUUGUGAAUGUGAUUUGUAACAAUUUGUUAUUCGAGAAAUUGCUAAAAUUGCCCGGAAAACGUGUGUCGGUCGUGAAAAAAAUAACAAAAAUAACACUAGAAUUUAAUGAAAGUGAUAAGAAGAUGGUUAGCAUAAGAUGGACAUUGAAAACACUUAAAGUGUGCGUAUAGAUGUUCUAUAAAUAACACCAAUGUUUCCUUUUCAAUCAGUGCACGUUAUAUACAUAAGUCGAAGCACAUACACACACAGGUCGGACAAGUAAAAAACACAAUACUAUAUAAUAUGAAAAAGAAAAAAAUCAUUUCGUAUUUGAUGAUUUCGAUUGGUUCUAUAAUCUGAAUAUAUUAUAAAUAAAUGAUAAAGUGGACGUGGAGCAACAGUAACGGCACCGAUACACAACUCAUCUCUCCUGACAAAUACAUGCAUUUCAUAGAUAUGUACAUGGUUAUUAUGUAUAUACAAUAAAGAAUAUAGAAAUUCAUAUGACUUCUUUCGGUGCGGUCACCUGUACAACAUGUUUCGGUACCCUAGUUGACAGUAGUUGAUAGUAUUGUGCAGCGUAAACAUGCCCGCAGGCCGGUUCUACUAGUAAAUCGAGAGUUACAGCAAUCGUCCUGCUGAGGAACAAGUGCCCAACGAAUGACAUCCGAACAUAAAACAUAAUUGCGGUCACUCAGAAAGUAACGACAUUGUGACUAUUACCGGAUUCAAAAAAGUGCUAAUGAUUCAGAGAGAUUCCUGGGUGUAUAAAAAUAAAAGUAGUGACCCCAACAAAAAAGUGAUUGUUUUUGACCAGAAAUAUAUUUUCAAUAAAAUUUCAAUUGUGCAAUAUUUUUUUCUUAACAAUUAAGCAAAAUCAUCCUAUUUUUAUCUAAAAUUAAACAAUACCUAUUUAUAUUAUGAGUAAAAUGAAAAGAACAAAUUCUCCACCUUUAACAUUUCCAAUUCGAAUCGAUCACUAAAUAUUUAAUGUGAAAGUGAAUAUUUCGAAUCGUGUCCGCAAAUUACUCAAACAAAUGACGUGCAAAUAAUAAUCGAACCAACAAGAAUAAAAAUAAUUAAGAGCCAUCUCUCACAUUUACAAAUAUCAAUGAAAUUUUGAAAUCCUUUCAAAACGAAAGAAAGAGAAAAUUCAAAAAUUCGUAUUUUGUGUUUUUGUGGUGUGAAAUGCGAAGUGAUUUGAGAGAUACUUCAGAUACUAUCACUAAAAUGAUACAGUUUGGUACCGUCAAAUAUGGAAUUGUUAAACAACUCAAGGAUCGUGCCAGAUCGGAACGUGAUAUAGCAAGCGAUCAAGAAGAGGAUGGCACUUCAUUACCAUGCUCACCUAUAGCGGAAUGCGGGUCAGUAAGCCCCGGAUUACACGAUGAUAAUCGGAAUAAUGGGUCUGGGGCCGAGGAUCAUAACCAUAAUAAUAACAUUACUGAAGAUCAUGCAGAGUCGGCGAAAGUUGAAUCAAACGAAACAUAUCCUAAUUUAAAUGUAGAUCAUCAGGAAAGUCUUCAAUCGAAGAGAAUAUCAUCCCCUAAUUCCCCGCAUCAGAGGGUUUCGUCACCCCUUAGACAAUCGCAAUCCGAAGCACAGGAUGAAGACGAAGACAUGCAUAAAAUGUCUGAUACCGAAAACGAAAAUGAUUUGGGAGUCGCAGAGAAGGAAGGAAAUCCUGAUUUGGCCAUAUCUUCACAGCAUCCGCUAGACGCAGAAGAUGACUCGGAUCAGUGUAAAAAUGCCGUAACAACCGCAUUGGAGAUGAUCAGUAGAUCCACAAAUUCUAGCCCACCUUCUUCAAUGCCUCAGUUUCCAAAUCCGCCAAUGACACUUGAAGCAAUUCAGAACAUGCAAAUUGCGAUAGCACAAUUCGCCGCCAAGACAUUAGCAAAUGGGGGCGCGGAUAAUGAAGCGGCAAUGAAACAAUUAGCUUUCCUUCAACAAACCUUAUUUAAUCUGCAGCAACAACAGAUAUUCCAACUACAGCUGAUUCAACAACUUCAGUCACAACUGGCUAUGAACCAGAUGAAAGGUGAAGAUAACGAAAAUAAUGAUGAUGAGGAGGAAGAUGGUGAAAGCGAGGAAUGUGGAACCGAAGAGGAGGAACGACUGCAACAAAAUUGCUUGGAAAAUAACAGUAAUAGCCGUCAUCAUUCUCAUCGGUCGAGUACUGAGCUGGGUGAAAAUGAGGAGAGUCAAUACAAGGAUGGUCGGAAUAGCAGCAUGGAUAUAUGUCGUUUCGAAGAUGAUGAGAAGAUUGAAAAAGAAGAAACUCACAUGGAUUCAGAAAAGUCAGAAACCACAAGUAGUCGAAUUAAUAUGCCGAAAGAUAUAUCUGCACCCCUACCAAAACAAGAUGAAAACACUCCACUUCCCUUUGGGUCGGAUCUAGCCUCCAGUAUCAUAACAAACCAUGACAAUCCACCUUCACUAGAUGAACCGAACUCAUUAGAGAUGCUUCAAAAACGAGCUCAGGAAGUUUUGGAAUCAGCAUCUCAAGGUAUUUUAGCUGGCAAUCUUGCCGAUGAGUUCGCUUUUGGUAAGGAUAAGGCAGGGGACGGGAAAAAUCGAAAUGAACCUUUCUUCAAACACCGAUGUCGAUAUUGUGGAAAAGUUUUUGGUUCAGAUUCCGCUCUCCAAAUCCAUAUCAGAUCGCAUACAGGCGAGCGGCCUUUUAAAUGCAAUGUUUGUGGUAGUCGAUUUACAACCAAAGGGAACUUAAAAGUUCAUUUCCAGCGACACGCACAAAAGUUUCCUAACGUUCCCAUGAAUUCCACACCAAUCCCAGAGCACUUAGAUAAAUUCCAUCCACCUCUGUUAGAGCAAAUGUCUCCAGAAACUUCACCUCAGCAUCAGCCAUCAAUGCCUCAUGUUCCAAACGUUCCCGUUACUUUACCGCUACCAUUCCCACCUGGUGCAGGUUUCCCAGGUCUUCCUCUGUACCGGCCACCAUUGGAGAUAUUAAAGUCCUUGGGACCUUACCCUGGACCAUUCUUUGGAGCCCUUCCGCCGAUGCCACCAAAACGUGAUUUAGAGCAACCGACUGAUCUUCGAAAACCGCAAGCUCAACCACCUUCUGCCACCUCGCCAAAAAUCAAAGAAGAAGCGACCGAGGAAUCGAAAGACUUCGAACCAAUCAGUCUUAGGAUUAAGGAAGAGAAGCGAGAGCGGGAAGAAGCGCCUAGUGUAAGUCCUAAAAGCCCUAAAAGUACAACUCCUCCACCACCGUUACCGCCAUCUUCAUCCCAUCAUUCAACACCUUUGGCAUCGGCACCUUCAUUACUUACAUCGCCACUUCCAGAAAGUUCAAUGCAUUCUCAACAGUCUCCAUCGCUAUGUUCGCAAACUCUUCAACCACCGGUUUCAGGACCACCGCCACCAUCAGUACUACAGCAAAUGCAUCAUCUCUCCAUGUUGAGUGGAAGUCGCGAGGCUGAAUUUCCGGAUCGGUCACCACUCAAUUUCACAAAGACCUCCCCAGAACGGAGGUCACCUAUUCGAAGCCCAGUUAGCAUACCCCGAUCACCAUUCUUAGGUCCAAUUAAGCAUGAAAUGGCACUUCUCCCUCGUCCACAUAGUAAUGAUAAUUCGUGGGAAAAUUUCAUAGAAGUUUCAAAUACGUCUGAAACGGUGAAGCUUAAGGAGUUAAUGAAAAAUAAGAAAAUCACUGACCCAAACCAAUGUGUUGUCUGUGAUCGAGUGUUAUCCUGCAAGAGUGCUCUGCAAAUGCACUAUAGGACACAUACAGGCGAGCGGCCGUUUAAAUGCCGAAUAUGUGGAAGGGCAUUCACUACAAAAGGCAACCUUAAAACUCAUAUGGCUGUUCACAAGAUCCGCCCACCAAUGAGAAAUUUCCAUCAAUGCCCUGUAUGCCACAAAAAGUAUUCAAACGCUUUGGUCCUACAGCAGCAUAUACGACUGCAUACAGGGGAGCCAACUGACCUCACUCCGGAGCAGAUCCAAGCAGCCGAAAUACGAGAUUUCCCUCCGACAAUGGUCCCAGGAUCUUUUAUCAAUCCGUUCACAUUCAAUUUUGGUAUGCCUCCACAGAACGGUCAUAUGGGGUCUGAAUCUUCGCAAGGUGAUAAUGACGACGCCAUGGAUUGUAGCGAUGACUUCGACGAUGAAGACAUUUCUGAUCAUAUGUCGAACGGAGGUGAUAGCGAUAGACCUAAAUCUCGUGACGAAAUGAAGGGGAUGCUAGAGCAAAAGCUUAAAAUUGAGAGUAAUCGUCCAAAAUCUGAGGCUAGUACGAGUUCGGCUCCAACUAGUCCUGUAAGUGCAAUGAAUAAAUGCUCGCCAGCACCGUCAGAUACGUCACAAGGAGCUUUGGAUUUGACACCGCGAUCAUCUCUCCCGCAACCAAUGCCACCGAAUAUGCUACCGAAUCGACCACCAUUUGGCAUGUUUCCAAAUUUACCUAUUUUCCCGCCUGUUAGUUCUACCGCACAGAAUAUGUGUAAUGCAAUGAAUUCAAUUGCGCAGUCCGUGAUGCCAGCGGCGCCGUUUAAUCCUCUUGCAUUGUCUGGUGUGCGAGGAAGCACAACGUGUGGCAUUUGUUUUAAAACAUUCCCAUGUCAUUCAGCCUUGGAAAUACAUUACCGAAGUCAUACCAAGGAGCGACCUUUUAAAUGCUCGAUCUGUGAUCGAGGAUUCACAACAAAAGGAAAUUUAAAACAACAUAUGCUAACGCAUAAGAUACGCGACAUGGAACAAGACGCGUUCAGAAAUCGUGCAGUUAAAUAUAUGAGCAACUGGAAAGAAGGCUUUGAAUAAUGUCCCAUGUCACCGCAUUAAGUAUAUUUUGAUGGCAGCGUGAUGGUCUACGGCGAGACUAGAUCUUCGAGUCGCCGUAUUAGCGUGAUCGCGAGUAUCUUUCCUCGUAUGUGAAUGAAUUAGUGUGAUUCGCCUGGAUUAAAAAUUGUUUGAUCCGAGUGACCUCGAUAGAUGUCACUGCAUACAUUUGAAAGUAAAAUUUAUGGGUAUCUCAUACUGUACUACGAGUACGUUGAAUAGAUACCUUCGCCGUAGAUACAUACAUUUGAAGAUCGAUAUCGCGAUCAUCUCUCUUAGCAGGAAUGAUCGAUGAUCCAUCCUCUCUGCCAUGCUGGAACGCCAAGCAGCAACUUGCAUAUAUUUAGAUUUCUAUGUAUAUAUUGAAGUUAAAUGUGCGUGGUAGUAUUCACCUUGAUGAUCCCAUAAUUUCGAAGAUCUCAACUAAAAUGUAGGAAUAACUACAUAAAAAUAUCUAAAUGAUAAACAGAUAUUUUUGAAAUGCGGGAAAUGACUGAUCGUUCUGUUUUAAAUUAGCUUUAGGGUUGUUGCGUGCGUAUCUAUGACAUUUUGAAAAUCAAAAAUUCCCUAAAUCAUUUAUUUAUUUAUUUAAAUUAAUUCCUGUCCGAAGAUUGUUGACUGGUGGAAAGAACACAGUAAAAAAGACUUAAGGAUUCAAAGAAAUCGCAUACUAAAUAUAUGAAACCAAAUGUUUUGUAAAUUAUAUUUCCUUUCUCAAUUUACCUCUUCCAAAUCAUAUAAUUUUUAUUUAAAUUAAAUAUAAUUUAAUUUUGUAAAUAUUUAGAAUAAUUUAAAGUAAUCCAAUCGACAAGUUAAUGCGCAGUUAAUCUAAUUAUAGACAUUAUAAAAUAAAAUAAAAAAAAAACAAAGAAACCAAAUUUGUGAUAUACGUUAUAUAUAAAUCAUAUAAGAUUAAGCGCUAAAUGCAAUGAAAGUUGGAAGCAUGAAACCAAUCAACUUAAUAUCUAUUUAUAUUAAAUCUUUAAAUUCAUGAGUUUCAAAAUAAUGAUAUUUCCGAAGUAAUACCUUUUUCCAAACUCCUACGGGGGAAUGAUGACGGUUCAAUCAAAAAUUGAUAUUUUCUUUAUAUGUAAAAAGCUAUUCGUAGGUAUCCAUGCGUACAAUUAAGUUAUUUAUGUGAAAAAUACUAGAUAUGUAUUAUAAAAUCAAACAAUCGCUCUUCUGCAGUUUCACAAAGCCAGAGAUUAUUUGCGAGAAUCGUAAAUUCAACAGAUAUUAAAGGAGGUAUUUGCAAAAUCAAAGCAAAUAUUUCAAAUGUUAGACUAUGUAAUUAAAAAAACUACCUAAAUUAACGCGCAUGUUUAAUUUUAAACAAACUAAACGUAAUAUGAAUUACGAUGUUAUUCUUGUGAUGUUAUUAUUUACUGCUAUUUCUAGUAAUUAUUUAAUUUAUGUGACCUACUUCACCAAUUUUCCUUUCUGAAAAGAAAUUUCUCUCUGCUGUUCAUAUUCGAAAUUUUUAUUCCAUAUCCGUAAAUAUUAUUUUUCCCUAGUUUUACCUCAAUUGUAAUAUAUAGGUAUCUAGAAAUAUCUGCUAGGAGAAUGAGAAAGUAAACAAAGAAUACUUGAAAAGCCGAAUAUUAUUUGGAGUACACAUAAACUAGUUCUAUAUAUAUUAUCAUGGAAAAUAUAAAGUAAAAUUAACUUUUAUUAUAACUGUAACUAUUAUUAUUUGUAAUAUGUAAUUGAGCAUAAAUAAUAUAAACCGUAAUAGAAUUAAAACAAGAAAAUUAAGUUGCAAAACAAAGAGUAAGGAAAAUAAGAAAAUGUGUAGUGAAAAAAUAUAAUUAUGUAAUGAUAAUUAUACAAAUAAAAAAGUAUCAAAUUCUUAUUGAAUA